ACCGAAACAAGCAACGCCCUCAGGUAGGCGCCGCAACCUUUUCCCUCUGCCUCCACCAUCUUCGCCAUGAAGACCCCUUCUCUCUACAGCCAGGACGAUCCAAUCACAGAAGCGUUACGACCGCCUCCAACAGAAACGGAGGCCGAGCGCUUCGCUCGUUUGCAAGCGGAAGCGGAAGCAAAACGGAUUUCAGAACAGAUUGACGAGGAUCUUAGGCUAGAGAGGGAAACCCUGAAGAGGAAGAAAACUGAUGUCAAGCUACUCUUGCUUGGCCAGGCAGAGAGCGGAAAGUCAACACUGCAGAAACAAUUCCAACUCAUGUACAAGCCAAACUCUCUUGACCAGGAAAGAUAUUCAUGGCGAACAGUCAUCUAUUUCAAUGUCGUUCACUCUAUCAAACAUAUCUUGAACACUCUGGAGGCAUGGGACGACUCGCUCGAGGACGAAAUGGACAUCGACGGACCUUAUAGUCACGGCAGGUCUACACCCACCGUGCACAGUUCCAGGUCACAUCACUUCUACGACCCUCUUACCUCGAAAACCACUAUUGCUAAUAUCCGUCGGCGGCUUUCUCCUCUGGUCGCUUCUGACAUCCAACUUGCAGACCGCCUGAGCGGCGGCAUCACCGUAUCUGGAUCUGGCAAGGGUGGUGUUUACGUCCGUAGUGGAUGGCAGGCGCGGACCAUCGAGAAUGCCCUAGGGAGGAUCCGUCCAAGACCCUCCGUUGAUGGUGAUGGCAAAAAAGGUCGGGACAGUACCUCCGCCGACAUUGUACAAGAUGCACUGGUUCAAGAUGUUGGGCGGAUGUUGGACGCAGCCAAGGACGACAUCAAGGAGCUUUGGAAUCAUCCGACGGUUAGAGGCCUUAUUAGCAAGCGACGUCUAAAGUUAGAUGAGUGGUCGGAAUUCUUUCUUCGACAUAUCAGCCGUGUAGCGGCCUCGAACUACGUGCCCACGACCGAUGAUAUACUACACGCCCGAAUACAGACCAUGGGUGUUGCAGAACAUAUUUUCGAUGUUACUAUUCAUGGGAAGGCUGUCACUUGGCAUUUAUAUGAUGUCGGUGGUGCUCGUGGGCAACGACACUCAUGGAUUCCCUACUUCGAUGAUGCCAAUGCUAUCAUCUUCGUGGCUCCAGUAAGCGCUUUCGAUCAGUAUCUCGAAGAAGAUCCGAGAACAAACCGAAUUGAUGACUCAUUGCAACUAUUCACUCAAAUCUGCUCGAACCGUUUAUUGAAGAACGUCCACCUUGUCCUUUUUCUCAACAAGACUGAUUUGCUCAAGAAUAAGAUAGAUUCUGGUCUACGAGUUCAGAAAUACAUCACUUCCUUUGGCGAACGGACGAACGAUUACGAGACCGUUGUCCAGUAUUUCCGUGCUCAUUUUCUGCAGGUUCAUAGACGAAAUAAUGAGAAUCGUCGUGUGUUGUAUACCCACUUUACCAGUGUCGUGGACACAAAGGCUACGCAGCGGAUUAUAGGCAACGUGCGCGACUCUAUCUUCCGAGGAUAUCUCCAGGACGCCGCGCUCGUAUAGUCUCAGCCCAGUUGUCAUCUCCUGCCGCACUGAGUCAAGCUCGACAUUGUGGUAACGGUCAGCCGUGUCGGCCUUUUAGAACUGAACGGUGCAUUUCAUACUCUACUCGCUCUUUUUCACUUGUUAUCGUACUGCUCCUCACUGUUCGUGGUGCUCCUCGAACUGUAUUCAUCGCGUAAUAAUUGUCUACUCCUCCCGUCAUUAUUGUUUUUAUAUUUUUGGUCACUACGCGUGUAUGUCUACCUGAAACCCAUCAUUAUGUAUACUCCAGCUUUCCGCAUCGCUUUUUUGUACGCACCCGCAGCUGUAAUCCCCAAUUAUUAUCAUUAUGACACGUAAUCCCAAAAGUAUCCCCAACAAACCAACCGUGCCGUGGACCACUUGUUUGCCCGGGUCCUUGAUAAGGUGAUGGAUCUAGCCGUGGAAUGCAUCUGCCAUGCGUUGCGGUGAUGCAAAUGAUUGGAACUUGGGGGGUAUUUGUUUUUAAU